UUGAGCUCUGGAUGUGCACCCCAGCAGACAUUUCAGACCAUACGCAGCUCAAGUCGUUACUUGUUUAUAGAUGUUUCACUUGAAGGUUUUGGCAACAGCCCUGUCAACGUCACAUACAUGGCAACUGCCAGCUGGAAAAUACAUCUCCAAGGCUGUUGUAUGCUGGGUCAGCCAGUUCCUUUGUAUGGCUGGAUAUGGCCACAUUCUUGUCAACUUGGCUGCUGUUGCGUAUUGACCUUGAUGCAGACAAUGACUACAGUCGGUGCUUGCAAGUGUCGCUGGUGGACAACCCAUUCACACCUCAAGCCUAUGACCUUAGUUCUUUAGUCUAUGCCUACAGUGGUCCUGACACAACUUUUAUGGAGUUAGGAGCUGGAUGUGGACGUGUAACCAGUAAAUAUGUCAUAUCCCGUGGCACUAAAGUUCUUCUUCUUCCCAAGGUUAACAGCUCUACCUUCAAUUCAUCUGUAUGGUUGGUGUACAAUAUAAGCAGUUUUUGCACUCCAGAUAUUAUUCCUUUGCAGUCUUCAGAGACACCUGCUCACCUGCGAUCAGACACAGUUGAAAAUGGUGGAGGCUACCCAAACAAUGCAUAUUGUCGUUGGCUUAUAAAGCCAAGCACCAUUCACUUGAGUACACAGGUUAGAGUUGAUGACUCUCUUUUGACAUUCACAUGUGAGGACAACAUAACAGCUUUUGACUAUAAGUCUGACAAUGAAUAUAACAAGAUCAUGGACUGGUGUGGCUCACAGAAGCCAACUCUUGUGAGCUCUCUUGGCAAUAGUAUUUUGUUAGAAUUCUUAACCAAUGUGAGUGUCACAAAUAAGGGUUUUAGCCUCACUUACUCCAGCAUUGCUCUUCACAAUGCUUGUCCCACCUUGACUUAUCUCCUGGUGAAUGCAACUCCACAGUAUCUGACUUCACCCAACUUUCCGUAUAAUUAUCCCAGUAAUGUGGACUGCAAGUGGCUGGUCACAGCAGUGACUGGUGUUGUGCAGCUGGAGCUUGUAAACCUGUCCAUCUAUCACACAUCCAGCUCUUGCUCCUCUGGUGACUUCCUGGCCAUAUAUGAUGGACCAGAUAUUAGUGGACCAGUCAUUGCUGAGUUAUGUUGGAGCGGUAUUCAUGACCCAGUGUACACAAGCUCCAGUGACUCCAUGCUGCUAUAUUUUCACAGUGACAAUAUGUUCAGUGCACAAGGCUUCCAUCUGCGCUUAGUUUCUUCAGAAAAUGUGGUUUUAAUUGUAACAAGGAUGUAUAUGUCAACGACACUGCAUAUGCCUAUAUUUCAAGCCCACACUACCCUGAGCCUUAUCCAAGGGGGUAGACUGCUGGUGGAGAGUGCUGGCGCCACCAGGUCGUGUAAUCAGUCUGGAGGUGGAGGAUGUAGAUAUCCCAGGAUGUGAAGAUAGUGCUGUGGUAUAUGAUGGGGAGUCUACAGAGAGCCCACGACUACACCAGAUAUGUGAUGACAGUGAUCGCGUGACUGUAGUCUCUACCUGGCAAGUCAUGUAUGUUUCUUUCACAUCCAACACGCAUGGAAAAUAUCGAGGCUUUAAGCUGAAGC